AUGGAACAGAAAAAGAUCUCUGAUAGUAUAAAUAUAGCUCUUAAAAAAAUACAUGGGCAGUUAGUCACUGCAUCACAAGUAAAAUCAAACAGUCAAGAUUUUCAAAAUCUUCUUUUGCAAGAUCAAGCAUAUUUGUUUUUACAACAAAUUCCUGGCUCACCUCCUUACUGGCAAAAAUUCAUGUAUGAAGUGGUGGCAAUGGUUAAACAACUGGGAAUACCAACAUGGUUUAUGACGCUUUCAUGUGCAGACUUAAGAUGACUUCAGAUAAUUGCAAAAACGAAAGGAAACAACAUGACAGAUGAAGAAGUGGAUGCCUUGUCCUAUCAUGAGCGAUGCUCAAUGUUAAAUUUAAAUCCAGUUAUGGUAGCUAAACAUUUCCAGUAUCGAGUCAAAACAUUGUUCGAGAGAGAGAUGAUUUGUCGAGAGAUCUUUUGCUUACAAAUGCAAAUCCAAUUGGCAAUAUAGUAUAUUAUGCACUCCGUAUUGAAUUUCAAAUGAGAGGUUCACCACAAUUGCAUGCCUUAAUAUGGACAUCUGAUUGUCCAGAGUUAGCGAAUGAUACAAAAGACGCAUACAUAGAUUACAUUCACCAACAUGUGCAAGCAUACCUCCCAGACAAAGAAACAGAUCCUUAACUUUUUGACUUGGUGAAAACAUACCAGACACAUGAUCACAGUAAAACCUGUAGAAAGUAUAAGAACGUUUCAUGUACAUUUAGUUUUGGACAGUUUUUUACUGACAAAACAAUUGUUGCUGAACCUUUGGCAGAAGAUAUGGAUGAGGAGAUUAAAUCCAAUAUUCUGACCAGACGAAAGGAAAUUUUGUCUAAAGUUAAACAAAAAAUUGAUGUUGUGCUAAACCCAAGCAAACCUACUAUCCAUUUGCAACUCCAACUGACAUCCUAAAUGAUAUAGAUAUUACAGAGCAAGACUAUCAAUGGGCUAUAUCAUUAUCUCCAGACUCUGACUAUGAAUUGCACCUCAAAAGACCAAUAAACAGUUGUUUUAUCAACAAUUACUUUAUUGCCGGGUUAAAAGGAUUUGCCGCAAAUGUCGACUUGCAACCAGUGUUUAAAAAUCAUUAUAAGUGUAUCACAUACGUUUGUUCUUACUUUAUAAAGGAUGAAACUGAAUGUUCUCAAGCCAUCAUAAAUGCAGCAAAGGAGGCUAAAGAAGCCAACGUAAAUGUCAGAGAUGGCUUAAGUCAAUAUGUGCAGCUUUUCUCUCGACUCGUGAAGUCAGUGCUCAAGAAUGCGUUUACAGGUGUAUGCCAGAACUCUGGUUAAGAAAAAUAUUCCCGAAAACUCUCUUUGUUAGCACAGAUUUUGCUGAAAAUCGCGUUAGAUUUGCGAAGAAACAACAAGAACUUGAUGAGUUAGAUGAUGAUAGUACCGACAUUUUUAAGUCUAACAUUAUUGUCCGUUACAGUGACAGACCGAAAAACAUUCCUGUCAUUAAAGAUAUGUGCUUAGCUUUAUUUGCUGCUCACUAUUUCAAAGAUUACAAAAGUGAUUUUAACGAAGUAUCUGAUUCUCAACCUGAAGUGUUAAACGAUGACUUCAUGGAAUCUCAAAAUAUCGAAAAUCAUAACACUGGACUUCCCGAUCGAAUAAAACUUGUAAACAGCAAAGAAAUUAUGAAGUGCCGAAGAAUUAAAGCUCAUUCGAUAUCACACUCCAAACGAAAGAAAAGAGCCUGAAAAAUAUUUUCACCACCUUCUCAUGUUGUAUUUUCCGUGACGUAAUGAUCAGAAACUCUUUGGCGAAGAUCAGACAUACAUAUCUAAGUUUUAUGAGCCAGAUGUUCAAGAAGUAGUAAAACGCAACAAAGAAAUAUUUGAGCCAGAUGGUGAUGCUAUUAAUAAAGCACUAGAAACUUUACGAAAGGAUGGUGUACCAACUCACUCCUACGAUCCAAUUAAUCAGCAGGAAAAUGAAUAUUUGCGACAAAGUUUACCUGACGAUUCUGAUGAAACCGAGUCUUUUAACGAGUCGUUGCCACAAAAUCUUGCAUCAAAUCCUGAAUCAGUUCAACCAUCUUCUGGAAUAAGUUCUUAUAAUCGACCCAUCAGUGACGACAAUCUACGAAAAACUGUAAGAUCAUUGAACAACAAACAACGUUAUGCAUAUGAGGUAGUUCUUUCCUGGCGUAGAAAUAAAAUGGCAAACCUAAACACCCUUAAACCUUCUCAAGUUGAUCCAAUACAUAUUGCAAGACAACCACAUUCCAAAAGUCCUAUUUAAAUAGAUGUACCAGAAUGUGGAAUGUACUGCCAAAGAACUUGACAGGCAAUAACACCAGCCUUAGUCAGUUAAAAAAUGGACUUUUCAUGUACUAUAAAGUAGCAUUACAAACUGUCUACGACGUGGAUGAUCCAAGAACAUGGAAAUCAAUAUGUUUGUCCUGUAACAAGUCCCGUAAUCUGUCCUGUGAAGUAUCGUGUUGUUAUUAGACAAUAGUUUAAUGUUUGUGAUGUCGUAUCUUAUAUGUAAGGGCCGCUGUAAUUGGCGUAAGCUGUAGCGUGUUCCCUGCCAUUGUCCAUAUAUGUUUUUUCUGUGUUUUAAUGUUUAUUGGCAAAGUUAAAUAAAUAAAUAUUUUUGUUAGUGGAGGUGCAGGGAAAUCACACGUAAUUAAAGCUAUAUAUCAUACUGUUACAAAAACAUUUAGACAUGCUCCAAUGAAUCCUGAAUUACUUUCUGUAUUGCUAAUGGCUCCAACUGGUGUAUCUGCCAUAAAUAUCAACGGAACAACCGUAAAACACUGCUCUAGCAAUUCCAAGAGAAUGUGGGAAUAAUGUACCUGCAAUGUCUGACCAGAGAAUAACACAAAUGAGAUUGUCUUUGGCUGAAUUGAAACUAAUCAUAAUUGAUGAAAUAUCAAUGGUCUCAAACAUGGGUCUGCUGUAUAUUCACCAGAGAUUGAAAGAAAUAUUUGUCACACCUAAUAGUGAACUUUUUGCAGGAAUCAGUCUACUUGUUUUUGGAGAUUUCUUUCAACUACCACCAAUUCGAAGCGCAACAACAUUUUCAAAUUAUAAGAAUGAUACGUUCAAUCUACACCAACCCUGGCAUGUCUUUAAAAUGGCAGAACUAACACAGAUCAUGAGACAAAAAGAUGACCUCGCCUUCACUCAACUAUUAAAUAGAGUUCGCAGCUCUUCACAUACAGACGAUGAUAUCAAGUGUAUUCAAUCUAGUACAAUAUCUCCGGAUGAUGAAAAUUAUCCAUUCGAUGCAUUGCAUAUCUUUGCAGAAAAUUCACUAGUAGAUGAGUACAAUAUUGAUCGGCUACAACAAAUUCAAUCACCACAGUACGUUUUAGAAGCUUUAGAUCAAUUCCCACCGCAUGUUAGAAAACAGGAUAUCGAUAGAGUGUUGUCUAAAGGAAGAUCCGAAACUGGAGGGCUUGACACUAAAAUCCUGAUCAAAGAAAAUGCAAGAGUUAUGCUCACAACCAAUGUGGAUAUUAGCGAUCGACUUAUUAAUGGCCAGUUAGGUACAGUAAUAAAAGUUUCUGGUGACAAUGUUAGUAAUAAACUCUCCACAAUUUUUGUUAAAUUUGAUGACAGUAACGCUGGAGUAUCUGCUAUACGAAAUUCGUCCAGUAGUUUUGCAAGAGAAAACAAUGUUGUUCCUAUCAAACCUGUUUUGGCGAGAAUGAAAGUCAGACACGUACAAGGAAAACCAUCAUCUCCUGAAAAUGCAAAGAUUACAAUUUCCUCUAACUCUCGCAUGGGCAUGCACUGUUCAUAAAGUACAAGAAUUAACUCUAGAUAACAUUGUCGUCAGUUUUGAUUUAAAAAAGCAAAGGUAUUUUAACUAUGGUCAGGUAUAUGUAGCACUUAGUCGAGCAACGUCCUUAAAUGGUCUACAUAUUUUAGGAACACUUGAAAGUAAACAUAUUCGAGCAAAUCCUAAAGUCCAGGAAGAAUACGAGAGAUUGCGUGAAACUUCGAGUCUCCACCCGCAUAUUACAACAGAUUUAUGUGACAUAGAAACUGUCUCAAUUUGUCUUUUAAAUAUUAGAUCACUUAAAAAACACAGUCAUGACCUAUGUAAUGACUCAGUCUUGUCCAAAUGUGAUGUGUUUGCCCUUACAGAAACUCAACUUUUAACCAGUUUACCAGUUGAGAUAAUGAAAUCAACUGAUAAUGAAACUGUGAUAAAAUUAUCGAAAUUUAUCUCUUUCUGUUUUGAGAAGAGAUCUAAAUGCCUUGAAACCAUGAAUGCUGACAGUCAACAGGUUAUUUAA